AUGCGAUUGUGUACCAAUUACAGGCAGUUGAACAAGGUGCUUAAGGAGAAGAAACUUUAUGCAAAGCCUUCUAAGUGUGAGUUUUGGCUCAAUUCAGUGAAAUUCCUUGGGCAUGUGAUUUCUGUAGAAGGAGUUGCAGUAGAUCCAAACAAGAUUGAAGCAGUGUUGGAUUGGGAGAGACCCAAAACGGGUACAAAAGUGAGGAGUUUCUUGGGUUUGGAAGGUUACUAUAGGAGGUUCUUUGAGGGAUUCUCCAAGAUGGUAUUGCCACUGACUCGCCUUAUCAGGAAGGAGACUCUAUUUGUAUGGACUCACGAGUGUGAGGAAUGCUUUCAGGAGUUGAAGGGGAGAUUGACCUCUGCUCCAAUGUUGAUUCUUCCUGAUCCUGCUGAACAGAUUGAGUUGUAUUGUGACGCCUCUAUGAAGGGGCUGGGCUGUGUGUUGAUGCAGACUGUGACCUCUUUGUUUAGGGGUGCACUUCUUCAGAUGAAAACUGUGAGAGUUGACAAUGAGCUAAUGGAGAAGAUCAAAGAGACGCAAGUGCAAAGAGAGUGCCUAAAUCAUGUGAAGAACCAAGACGAAUUAGUUGCUGAAGAGAAUGAGGAUAUACCCAGCUCAAAAAAAGGCAUUCUUCAAGUGGAUAAAUUCGGCAUAUUGAUGACUGGUCAACAGAGCUUGCAGAAGUAA